GAUCCGAAACUAUUUCCCGCGAGAUGGACGUUUAGCAGAACUACAAGCGAAAACUACAUUUUGUUAAGCUAGCUGUUACACUUCCACUACAUAACUUUGUUUCUAGCUGUAUUUACAUAUAAGUGAAUCGACGUUAGCUAUGUAUGCUUUAUUGUAAGUAUAUAGCUGUAAAGUUUCAGUGCAUCCUGAAUGACCAUUAGUUAACACACACACACACGUUAGUGCCAUGGACAGAGAGUGUGCGUUGCUGCUGCCCGGUGUGUGUGCGGUGCUGGCGGGCUCAGGGAGCUCUCUGCCCGAUGACACCAGCCUGGAGAAACUGCUGGACUGGUUCACAGGGAUUACAGAGGAUGGGGGAUCACUGCUGGAGACCUGCCCAUGUCUGCUUAAAUUGAUAUCCACUGUGGUUCACAAUGCUGCUUCAGACCCCGGUGUCCUCUCCUUCACUCUCAGACUCACCGGCCUAUUGGCUGCCACUGAGGAAAGCUUCAAAACCAUUCAGGAACACCCUGUUCUGAACAAGGUCUUCAACCUUCAGCACUGGCAGGAAGCAGGACUCUGGGAGGAUCCGUGUUUAAGGAUCGGCUGGAUUCAGGGCUUGAGGAGCAUGCUGCAGCACCCGAAGGCUCUCAGCUUCUUUGUACAAUCAGGAUUCAUUGACCCGCUUCUACAACUCCAGACCGACACAAGUCUAUUUAUUGCCGAAGCUGCCAAUCAGAUGCUCGCCCACAUCCUGCUCUUCUUUCAGCCAGUCCCUCCUGCAGGAUGUAAAGGCAUGGAUAAAAAAGAAAAAGGUGAUGGGAUGACGCCAAGCAGCGCAGACUAUACUGCUGUUGUAAAGUCGAUCUCUGGGUACCUCAAGGAGUCUCUGGUUCCCAAAGAAAGCAAAAAUGUCCGUCAGAGUCUGCAGACCCUCAAACUGCUGGCCCUGCUCCUGGCCCAGGCCGGACCUCCUCUGCGGGACAAGCUGCUGCAGACAGUCGGAGACUCCCUGGAGGAACUGGUGACAGCCGGCAGCAGUGAGCUCACACUGCCUCUGAUGGACGUCAUUCUGUCUGCAUGCAGCAGCUCCGGCACUGAUGAACGUAUCACCCGUCUUCUAUCGUCCAUGUUGAACAUUAACAAACCCGCUGACCUCAUACAUGCUGCAGCUGCUUUUCUUCGCAGAGGUCACCAUGAUACUGUCCACACAGCCCGGGCCGUGAGAAUACUACUGCUCCCCCUCGACAUUAUGACUGGUCAGACUCUACUGGGCACAAUAAGCACUGCAGACGAGCAUCAGUUUUCCGUGGUGGAACAACUAAAGAGCAAAUCCUCCUGUAUCUCUAUGAUCUGUGUCUGCCUGAGCAACACACCACAGAUCACACUCACGCCUCCUGACGUCCUACCCUGUCUUCCAGUUUCAAUUGUCACUGCAGUUCUGUCCUUGUUAAGGAUCUGCAGUGGCAACUCACCCUCCUCUUCCACUGGUUGCAGUGAGGUUAGCAGGAAUGUAAUCGGCAGUAGCAAAGUUCAGAAAUGUGCUCUCGAGGCUCUGACGACCCUCACCAGCAGCCCAGGGGCGAAAGAGAGGAUCAGCGAAGUGUUCACCGUUCUGAUUCAAUAUUUGGAAAACCCUGAUUCUGACCCCACUGUACUCCACAAGUCCUACCAGGCCUUAUUAAAGUGGACGAGUGUGUGCACGGACUUCUCCUUUAUAACAGACCAGCUCAGACACGAUCUGGUGGAGGUAGUGAAGAAGCGUGUGUGUGACAUGCGUUGGGAGGUGAAGGACUCGACAGUGGAGUUUCUGGGACACCUGGCAGGCGUGUGUGACUCCAUUAAAGCAGCAGCAGAGGAGCGUGACGCAUCUGAGGCUCUGCUGGGUGACUGCUCUACCACUCCCCUGCUGAGGGAGGCGCUGCAGGACUCAGAGAGUUACGUGAGGGCCAGCGCCAUCUCUGCACUGGCAAAGACUCUUACACACCGCUGGCAGCAGGGGGCGACACUCACUGAGGAGGAGCCUGAAAUAGUGAGCCGGUUGCUUGAAAUCCUCUCCCAGGACUCGGAGGGAUUCCCCAGGAGGGCUGUAGUACAAUACUUCAUCUCAUGGUACUCUUCACACUCUCCUCCAUCUUCCUCCUCCUCCUCCUCCUCCUCCUCCUCCUCCUCUCUCCUGAUGCAGAGUGUGCGCUCCGUCCUCUCACAAGGCAGGGCAGAUCUGGACUGGGAGGUCAAAGUUCACACGCUGGUGCUGGCUGAGCUGCUGUUGGACGAAGCCUUUUCAGGUCACCCAGGUUACAAAAAGGGCUCAGACUCCCACCAUGCCUCGCCACACGCUUAUGGUGUAGUUUCUGAGCAGGCUUACACACUUCACACACACACUGCCACACACACAGAGGGCGCUGAGUCAGAUUUGGCCGUUGUGGUGGAGCAGGGAGUCGUCUCAGUGCUGUUGAGUGGGCUGGUUGACUGCGAUAGACCUGUUGCUCUGAAGGCCUGUCGCCUGCUGAUAACACUCAGAGAGACAGUCUGUCCUCUAUCGCUAGGGGCACUGGAUGCAUCGGCUGCCAUGGCAACAGUAUCCUGUGAACUGCCAGGCUGUGGCUGGGGGCGAGAGAUUCUAAAGAUCCUGAAAAUGAAGAAGAGCGAUCAGGCCAAAGAGGAGGACAUCGCUGAUCAGAGUGGUCUCAACGGAGCAGAGGAGGGAGGUGACAGUGUGUGUGUGAGUGUAUGUGAGGCGUUGAGGUCUCUGGGAUUGGACGAGAGGAUGGAAGUCCUGACUCAAAGCAGCGACCACAUCCACAACUCCCCCCUCUCUCUGCUGCAGGACAUACUGACGGCCAGUGCCACUCACACAAAACCAGGGGAAGAGGUCAUAGUGGACUGCUACUAACACACACACACACACACA